AUGUCAGAUUCAAUAAAAUAAACAAUAAAGAAUGAUAAAUAAUAAGUUAAUAGAUCUAGGUCACCUUUUUAGAACUGCAAAACUAAAAUUAAAGAAAAGUAGAAUGUAUAAUAAGAUCCAAAUUAAUAAAUUCAGAAUGCGUCUAAAAUGAUAGAAAUGGGUAUGAAAUACUUCUAGAAUCAAUAAUAUUCUAUGGCAAAAGUUGUUUUGAUAAAUAGUUCUCAAGUGUUAUUACCAAUUAUAAAAUAAAAAAAGUAAAACGAAGAAGAUCAUACAGCUGAAUAUUAAUAAUUAAUAAAGGCCAUAAGUACAGCCGAAAUUUGUACACAGAAAAUUGACCAACUGCAACAAAGCAUAGCUUCCUAAGAUCCAUACAGCAAGUAAAUAAUAGAGACAGCAAUGAUAAGGAAAUGUGAUGUUACUUUUGAUUCAAUUGUAGGCUUAGAGAGCAUAAAAAAUUAAUUAGAAGAAGUGAUUGUAUUACCAAAUUUAAGACCUGACAUUUUCACAGGAAUUCGCGCUCCUCCCAAAGGUAUCUUAUUCUAUGGGCCUCCUGGGAAUGGGAAAACUCUAUUAGCCAAAGCUGUAGCGAAUUAAAUAAAAUGUUGUUUUUUCAAUGUUAGUGCUUCAACUCUGGUAUAGAAACAUCUUGGAGAAGGAGAAAAAUUGAUGAAGACUUUAUUUAAUGUAGCAUUUAAGUUUUAGCCAUCAGUAAUAUUUAUAGAUGAAAUUGAUUCCAUUCUAUCGAGCAGAUCAAGCGAAGAACAUGAAGCGAGUCGAAGAUUAAAGACUGAAUUCUUGAUUUCAUUUGAUGGGAUGCAAACAACCGAUUAAGAUAGAAUUUUCUUAAUUGCGGCUACUAAUAGACCUUAAGAUAUUGAUGGGGCUGUUCUUAGAAGAUUUACUGUUAAAAUACUAAUUGAUCAACCUGAUCAAAAAGCUAGAUUGGGUCUAGUUAAAUCACUUAUGCAGGCUGUUAGUCAUUCUAUUUUAGAUAUAGCUUUUGAUAAGAUAUGUGAAAAAUUGGCUGGUUAUUCUGCGAGUGACAUAAAGGCGGUGGUUAAGGAAGCCUGUAUGCAGCCAUUAAGAGAGGAUAAAAUUACUUUAGUCGCCAUGUCUGCUUAAAAUAUUAGGCCAGUUAGGAAAGAAGAUUUUGAGUUUGCAAUUAAUAAAGUUAAACCAUCGCUUACUUAAAAGCAAUAUUAAGAAUAUAUAAGUUUUAAUAAAUCUGAAAAAUGA